ACACACACACACACACACACACACACACACACACAGAGUUCACACACGGGCCAGAGGUGAUUCCCAGCUACAGCAGCAGUGCCAUGUCUGAGGUGGCGGUGCCUGAUGCUAUGGUGACCCCGGCGGUGGGUGUGCCGUACGGGGAGAAGGCCGGUGGGCCCGGGGUUGACUUCAGUUACGUGGGCAUUGACGCCAUCCUGGAGCAGAUGAGGAGGAAGGCCAUGAAGCAGGGGUUUGAGCUCAACAUAAUGGUUGUGGGACAGAGUGGCCUGGGGAAGUCUACUCUGAUGAACACGCUGUUCAAGUCUAAAGUCAGCCGUAAGUCCGUGCUGGCUACAGCCCAGGAGAAGAUCCCCAAAACCAUCGAAAUAAAGUCCAUCAGUCAUGACAUCGAGGAGAAGGGAGUGAGAAUGAAGCUGACCGUCAUUGACACACCAGGUUUUGGAGACCAGAUCAACAAUGAGAACUGCUGGCAGCCCAUCAUGAAGUUCAUUAAUGACCAGUACGAGGCGUACCUGCAGGAGGAGAUCAACAUCAACAGGAAGAAAAGGAUUCCAGACUCUAGAGUCCACUGCUGCAUAUACUUCAUCCCCCCGACCGGACACUGUCUGCGGCCUCUGGAUGUAGAAUUCAUGAGACGUCUCAGUAAGGUGGUCAACAUCGUCCCGGUCAUUGCCAAGGCAGAUACACUCACCCUGGAGGAGAGGGACUUCUUCAAAAAGAAGAUCAGGGAAGAGCUGCAAGCCAACGGGAUUGACGUGUACCCUCAGAAAGAAUUUGACGAGGAUGCAGAGGACCGAAUGAUCAACGAGAAGAUCAGGGAGAUGAUCCCGUUUGCUGUGGUGGGCAGCGACCAGGAGUACCAGGUCAACGGCAGGAGGCUGCUGGGGAGGAAAACCAAGUGGGGAACCAUCGAAGUCGAGAACAUCGCCCACUGUGAGUUUGCAUAUUUACGGGAUCUGCUCAUCAGGAGCCAUAUGCAGAACAUUAAGGACAUCACCAGCAGCAUCCACUAUGAAAUGUAUCGCGUGAGGCGCCUCAAUGAGAACAACACGGUGGUGGCUCACGCCAACGGGAUGCCACAACAUCAUCUGUCUGCCCACGAGAUGUAGACCUCAGCUGGGUGUAAUUCAUUUGCUAUGAGACUUUGACCUUCAUCGACAGUCUUCCACCGCUCCAGUCCUCCACUCCAUCCAUCCCCGUCUCACCGGUGGGGGUAGAACCUUAACAGCCUGCCAGAGGGAACUGAUCUUCACUGACUGGACUGCUCAUGUCAGAUUAUUGCCUCGUUAACAAACACUAUCCUCUCACUAUCGCCGACACGGAGAGUGAAGAGACGUUUGGUUCUUCUUAAUGUUCUUCUACAUUUGACCUGCUUCCAGAUCUUACCGUUAACUUUUGGUGCCAAAACAGAAACGACUUUCACUUUCAUAUCUCUCAUUGUCAGAAACAUGUUAAUCUCCUCCACUUUUACUUUGAUGUUUUAACUUUAAUGUUUUGUUUUUUUUAGCAGUGCUUGUAAUUCAUUAUUGCACUUGAUCACUACAUCGUCAUUGACAAGCAUGUUGGAAUGGAGCCAAGCAGCACUUUGCCAACAUGUGACGCACACACAGUCGUAGCGGUCCGUCUGUGUGUGAGGCGGUCAGUCAGCCUCCUCACCGUAGGUUAAAACACAAAAAGGUUAUCAACUAGCACAUCAUAUGUUUGUAUUUUUUUUGUUUGUUCAUUUUUAAAUAUGGAUGUCCGGUCCUUGGCGUCUUUUUAAAUUCCCAUUAAUGUCAUUGUUUAUUAAUAGAAAUAUCUUAAAGAGCGAUUUAAGAUGAAUAAGUAUUUAUGCACGAUAUAAAAUGUGAAAGUUUAUCAUCAGUUGUGGUCCACUCGAUCAGAUUAUUCACAUACACACACACACACACACACACACACACAUACUUUUCCUGCUUUUGGGCCCCUCCUAGUGCCUUAUUUAUUGGAGAAUGUUUUCAAGCAUUUUGGCCGAAACUGGAAAGAGAGCAGGUUUGUUGGCACAAGUUGACAUUUGGACAUUUUUCAAUCUUCUUUUUCUGUUUUAUCUCCAGUCUUUCAUUGACCAGCCCACUUUUUUCCUCUAUUUUUCAUCAUAUACCGAGGGUCUUUAUCAGUUUGAACCAUAUAUAGAUAUUUCCCUAAGCUGUCACUGUUAUGCUCUGUCCUGUAUAUUCUUCUGAGUUCUGAUACAUUUUUUUGUACUUGUAUUAUUGAUAAUAACAAAUUUUCCUUUAUCUUAUUUUAAAGAAA